CUCUGGGAGCAAGUUACUUUUAAUUUGAAAUCUGGUCAGAUAGACGCCGCCACCGAUGCCAAAUGCCAUCUAGAGCAGCGUCAACGCGAAGAGGCUCGCCUUCGACGGGAGGCUAAGCAGCGUUGGGAGCCGGUUCAUUUUCAAGAUCAGGCAUACAACUGGGUUUAUCGGUGGCCAUUGGUUCAUCGAAUAGCUCAAUUAAACGGAUCUUCUCGGGAUGACUCAUCAUUUCAUCAUCAACCCCAACAGCAGUCCAGCAGAAUGCGUCGCCCCUCAGCUGUCUCAAUUUCUUCCAUUGUUCCAAAGUCAUCUGGGAGUACAGGGAUUUCGAACAAUGCUAGCGCUGCGGAGCUCCGGCCAAUUGUGCUACAAUCACGAUUAGACUCUGAGACUCAUAUCGAAUCAGACCACUACGAUUCCGGGAAGCAAGAAACUCUAGAUUCAGAUGGAAAAACUCCUACAUACUCGAACAUUUCCUCUACUGGUUUCUCCCCAUUCGCCAUUCUUAGUCCUGAGGUUAACUCAGAACUACCACAGACUUCUAGCUGUCCAUACAAUACCAAUACAUUGAAUGGCAAAUCGGACAAGGCACCUCAGUCAUCUCUUAGCUCAAUUGAAAAACCCGACAUGCAGGCGAUUGAAGAAGUACAAGCAGCCAGGGUUGAAUAUCCCCGGUCAGCAUCAUCGAAUUAUUUAGCCGCGCCUCUCCUCAAUAUUGAAACUAAUGCGACUACAUUGGCAAACCCCGUACGGCAGCCUAGUGAAAUGAUAAGUCAAACGCCCUUUUAUGGGUUCCCCGAAUAA